ACUUCCCAUCACUACCUCCACUACCUACCUGAUGUUAAUCUGCCUUGGAAGGUGUUCAAAAACGUGAUCGUUUCAGUGCCCAUCCUCCCCUGGCGUCACUUUGGUCAUUUCAAGACCGUUUUUGUCAACACCGGGCCAUCCGUUCCGUCAUUACCAUAGCUAUUAACCUCUUCUCUCCCUACCUACCCAGGUACCUAAUCUUUGGUGACUGAUUGCCUCGUCGUUUCUUAAUAUCUUUUUCUCUCCAUCCAAUCCAAUACCACCACGCUCAACUCGGCUUUAUAAUCCAUAGCAAUUAUUCUCACUUCGUCACCUCCGCUGAACCACCGCUCACAAACGAUAUCGCUAUUUCUCAAGCUCCACUUGAGCUCGAGCUCUCUUACCGUUGUGACUAUCUGUCUACCUACAUCAUACAAAGGCCCCCGCACCCAGCCCAACAAAGCUCGAACUGCGCCUCCAAAGGACUGUGGUCCCGUACGUUCAUCUGGCUGAUUCCCAUACCGACAUUCUUUGAGAGCCUCAGCAAACGAAAUCGUUCGCAAACCAACGUACCUAGGCAGCAGCCUCUAGCAGCAAGAAACAAUGGUCAUGGGUCUUGUCUCUCAUGGACGCCGCAGGACCGGCAGCACCGCGAGUGAGUUUGCCUAUCCUCUUUCUCGUCUUAUAAAGAAUCGGAACCUCUUGUGACGGCUUCAAUGCGCAAUCGACCCCGUGGAAUCUUCCGCCUGCUACACUGAAUUUGCUUUGGUGUCUCCCUUGUUCAAGACGUCACCUAGAGGCUGCAGUACCGGCAUAGGUCUUGGUAGCUUGGAGCUCUAGUGAAGGGCGGCCCCCCUCUGUUCUGUUCUCUUCUCUAUUCGGUUCAAGCGCUCACUCACCCACAUCCUUUCACAUUGAAUCCCCACUCAGCAAAUCCGAAUCCUCCGUCCCUGUCCCUAUCCCUGACCUUAUAGUUAUCGAUCGAGUUCUGUUCUACCCCUCCCAAAUCUGCACCCCUCCAAAAUCCCUUAUAUUUUUCUUGGAAAAAAAAAAAUUCUUUCUUUCUUCUUGGCCACUGAAGAGUCGCUAUGUUGACAAACUGGUUCUCGCAACCUGCAGGCACUCGCUCCUCUACCGAUGACCCUCGUGGUCCCGACGCUGAGGAUGACACCCUAGUGAUGGAGCCCGAUCAGGGCAAUGUCCUCUCCCAUAUUAUCUCCCAACUGCGACCCGGGGCCGAUCUGAGUCGUGUCGUUCUUCCCACCUUUAUUCUCGAACCCCGCAGUAUGCUCGAGCGCAUCACGAACUUCAUGUGCCACCCCGAAAUGCUCCUUCAGAUUCCAUCCAUAGACGACCCCGUCGAGCGCUUCGUAUCCGUAGUCAAGUUUUACCUCAGUGGUUGGCAUAUUCGUCCUCCAGGCGUCAAGAAACCCCUAAACCCUAUUCUGGGUGAGAUCUUCACUUGUUACUGGGACUUUGAGGAUGGAAAGCGCGCAUAUUACAUCUCUGAACAGACUUCUCACCACCCACCCAAGUCGAGUUACUUCUACAUGGCCCCAGACCACCACAUUCGUAUUGACGGAACUCUAAAGCCUCGGAGUCGUUUCCUGGGAAAUUCUGCCGCCAGUCUGAUGGAAGGUAUUGCAUUUCUGAGUUUGCUAAACCGCGGAAAGGACCCUGCAAAGGGAGAGCAAUAUAUUCUCACCCAACCCAACAUGUAUGCCCGAGGCAUUCUGUUCGGCAAAAUGAAGUACGAGCUUGGCGAUCAUAGCUUUGUCCGAUGCCCUGAACUCGACCUGGUUGCUGAUGUCGACUUCAAAACAAAAGGCUGGGUCGGUGGUACUUAUAAUGCCAUUGGCGGAGUGAUCAAGAGGGAGAGCACUGGCGAGGUCUUGUUUGAGCUCUCUGGCCUCUGGAGUGAGGAGAUGUACAUCAAAGACAUGACGACUGGUCACCGAGAGAUGUUCUUCAACGCUCUGAGAUCAAAGCCCUCGCCACCAACUGUUCGACCAAUCGAGGAGCAAGAGGAACGAGAGUCUCAGCGACUGUGGGACAAGACGGCUAGAGCUGUCAAGGACCGCAACCAUGAACUUGCCACAGACGAGAAGACCAAGAUUGAAGAUCGACAACGUGAGGAAGCUGCCCAACGAGCACAGGAAAACAUCGAGUGGCACCCACGACUAUUCAGGAGAGUACAAGGUGGUCCCGGUGGACUGGAAGAAGGCGAAGAAGAUCUGGAAUGGGUCAUUAACGCCAAUAUUGAUCAUGCUGCGACGCCCGAGAAGCAAGCUGAGCAAAUUAUGGCAAUCUAUCCCAUCGUCAAAGGACAAAAGUCGAACCAACGAAACGUCAUCCCCCCACACAGCCCUUCUGCUAAGCCUGCUCAAACAGCAUCAGCUCAACCGGUAGAGAACCACAUCGAUGAUAACCUCAUCAACUUUGACGAGAUGCCUCCGCCUGCUAAGCCGGAUCAGACACCCGCUGCUGAACAAGCAACAAAGCAAUCUGAGAUCCAAGGCUUGCUCAGCUCCACAGGAAAGAAAGCCGACGGACCGCUGAUUGAUUUCACAAACGAUCUGAAAAAGGACUUACCGUCUGCCACACAACAAUAAAACGCAAUGAAGAAAUGAAUAUCAAUUAUCUCUUAGAUAUGGGAAGCGGGCAGUGAGGACUGACUUUGCCUUAGAACAGUUGGACUAAGACGGAAGCAGGGGACAGGCAGGCUACAUCAACAUCGGCGCGCAUCGGGAUUAGUUAUACACGGGUAUUUGCAUUCUCCGUGGGUUUACAAUGAGUCAGAAGGGUUUCAACACCGGCCUCCGCCAGGUGACUACUGCAAUAUUCUUUUUGAGAUAUAUUUGAUGAAGGGAAGGGUAUCCAUAAUGGUUGAAUCGCCCAAGAAUCCUUACAUAAAAACUAUUAGAACAAAACCCCAGCCCCUAUAACGCCG